AUGAGAUGUUUGGGAUUUGAUGACCUAAGAGAUCGUCCUUCUAGAAGAGAAAUGGAUAAACUGGCUCCGAUAAGAAAUGAUUUUGAAAAGUUCGUUAAAAAUGCUGGCGAAUACAUCACAACUGACGAAAAAUUAGAACCUUUUAUAAGAAGAUGCUCCUUUCUUCAAUACAUUCCAAGUAAACCUGCAAAAUAUGGAAUUAAAGUUUUUGCUGUUUUUGAUGCAAGGACAUUUUGUACUUCAAAUCUUGAAAUUCAUGCAGGAACACAACCCAAACGGUCGUGCAGCUCAGAAAAUGGUCUUGAUAAAGUAGUCAAGAGGUUUAGAGAGCCUAUUUUGAAUCCAGGGCGCAACCUUACCGUGUACAACUGGUUUACCAGUUAUACCUUGGUAAAGAAUCACCUUGAAAAGAAAAUUACGCUCGUGGGAACUAUCAGAAAAAAUAAAAAAGAACUGCCAAUAUAUUUUACUUGUGGCAGAAAAAGAGAAGUUUGA